AUGGCAGCCCCACGCGCAUCCUCAUUCAAGGCACUGAAGAACCUCUCAAGGCCAUCUCAACGCAGUCUGCAUAUGACAGGUUCGCAGUCCUCGCCCAGAGCACUAGAUGGAAACCACAAGACCACGUAUCUUCCGUGGGGUCUACAAGAGCUUCGGCAGGAGUGCGGGAAACGGACACUGUCAGCUUCGGGCACAAAGCACGAGCUGAUCGACAGAUUGGCUUCACACGACACUCUGCAAGCCAGAGCAUUCUCGAUUGCUAUGAGACGCAUCGCCAAAGAGCAGUCUUCCAAGCCAGUCAGCGGACCUUCCGAGACAACGAGCACUCGUAGCUUCAACACCUCUCGAGCCAAUAAAGCCGUAAACGACACCAGUACAGUUGACUUUGCAUACCUGCCAAAGCUCUUCUCGGAAGAGUGGAGCGUGCGACCAGCCGUCGUUCGAGUGCCUAUACUGCCCACUAUCUUUUCAGACGACGCCGAAGCGAGGCUCGAGCAAUAUCCAAACCUAGACGCGGCAGCUGGUGGAUAUCAAGCCAGCGAUGGUGGAAUGGCCAAGAUCAUGAAGCCUCAAAUCGAGACAGUCGAAGAGAAGACUAGCGCUGAGAUGAGCCAUAUGAGCGACAUUGGCGAUGGUCAAACCACAGAGAUGUCGGUCGAGACAUUGGCUGAGCUGACAAACAUCCUUGGAGAUGACGCUAAGAGAUUCGUUGAGAGCGUUAAGGACAAAGACGAGGGCACGAUUAGAAAGAUCUGGUCCGGUUUCCUAGACGACUUGCUUGGUGCUAAGAAUACUGGUGCAAAGGCAUGA